AAAGAAUGGUUAAUGAAGAUGGUAGUUUUGUUUUGUCCAACGCUAAUUUGUUAUGGGUGAGGAACAGUGAAUUCCCUCCACCGUUCAAUUUCACCUUCCGUUUCGAAACGAUAUGUUAAAAAUCUUUUAAAUGUUCUGUUUUUUGUUUUGUUUUGUUUUUUUUUUUUUAUAAAAAGAUUAAAAUUUUGUUUAAACUAAGCAGCGUUUCCCCCUUAAUAUCCGGCCAUAAGCCGCCUCUUCCUUAAUGCCGUCCUUCGUUUCCAGUUUAUUUUAACAUUUCUUUGUUCUUCCCUCUUUCUCCAUUUUUUGUUUCUUUCCCCCUUCUUAUGAUUUGGGUUUUCUGGGAACUGCUUUUCAACUAUGGCUUCCAAUAUUGGAAUGAUGGACAGUGCUUACUUUGUCGGUAGAAAUGAAAUUUUGACAUGGAUCAACAAUUGCCUUCAACUGAAUCUCUCUCGCAUUGAAGAGGCUGCUUCCGGGGCUGUGCAGUGUCAGAUGAUUGAUAUGACCUACCCAGGAGCUGUCCCAAUGCAUAAGGUCAAUUUUGAUGCAAAAACUGAGUACGAUAUGAUCCAGAAUUACAAGGUUCUUCAGGAUGUAUUCAAUAAGUUGAAAAUUGAAAAGCACAUUGAAGUCAACAGGCUUGUAAAAGGUAGACCUUUGGAUAACUUGGAGUUCUUGCAAUGGCUGAAACGCUACUGUGAUUCAGUUAAUGGUGGCAUAAUGAAUGAGAACUAUAAUCCCGUGGAGCGAAGAUGUAAGGGCGGAAAAGGUGGGGCCACAAUGAAGGGUUGCCAGAAGGCUGCUAAAUCACUGCAAACACAUAAUAUGCAUAGCCACGGCUCUGGUGAUUCAGUUGAACCAAGAUCCAAGCCAGGGAAGAAUGGCAUAACGGGUGGGACAAAUUCUUCGGCAGAAAUCCAAGCUUUGUCCAAGGAGAUUACUGAGCUGAAAAUGUCCGUAGAUCUUUUGGAAAAAGAAAGAGACUUUUACUUUGCAAAAUUGAGGGACAUAGAAAUCUUUUGUCAGAUGCCUGAAUUAGAAGAUCUCCCGAUGGCAGCAGCAAUCAAGAUGAUUUUGUAUGCAGCAGACGCGAAGGAAUCAGCACUAACUGAGGCUCAAGAGUACAUAUACCAGUCACAGAAUAGGACUGACGUUGAAGAUGAAAAUGAAGAGUAAAUUCGAAGUUUCAAACAACUUUGAGCUUGUAGAUUGAACAUGAAAAAGCUGGAGCAUUGCCAAGCAAUUCCACAGCUAUCACUCAUCAUCAUCCAUCACUUAAUGAUCUCUAAUGUAUAGAAUUCUUAGACUUAAAUAAUCCUUGUCUGCGCUGUGUACUAAUGAUCAAGAUUGUUAACUGGAUAUCAACCGUUGGGGUUUUGUAAUAACAACAGAUGCUCAACAUCAGCUUUCCUUAAA